CUGCUCUCAGAGGAACCGGUGCGAGCGUGCAGAUGAGCCGUAUCGUUUCGCCGCCUCUCUCAACCAGUGUGUGAAGGCCACGGUGUACCCGGACAGCAUUGCGGUGUCAGAACCCAGCGUGCCUCUGCUGGUGAAGGUGAGCGAUGUUCCAGAUCUCUCCGCGGGCAUCACCUGCUCCUUUGGCAACCUGACGGAGGUGGAGGGCCAGGUCAACGGCAACCAGAUACUCUGUGUGUCUCCUGCUGCCAAGGAUGUCCCCCUCAUCCCCACCGACCAAGAUUGGUCAGGCGUCGAGCUGAGACUGAAUUCUAAAGAGACCGGUCAGAUGCUCAUCAGCACCGAGGUCAAGUUCUACAACUGCAGCGUCCACCAACUGUGCCUGUCAUGUGUGAACAGCGCCUUCCGCUGCCACUGGUGCAAGUACCGCAACUUGUGCACCCACGACCCCUCCAGCUGUUCCUUCCAGGAGGGCAGAGUCAACGCCUCAGAG